UAUCCAUCAAAAUAGCAUCUGUGGCCAAGAUUAGAAGUGAAGGCCUCUCCUUUCUUUCUGCAGGGCUGGCGGCUUAUAGAACACCAAACUAUGGCUUCUUCUAUCACCCUUCAAAGUACUCUACUUAGGUCCAACUUUCUUGGUCAAAACAACUGCGUCAAUCAUCCUCAUAAACCAUACUCUUUGAUCCCCAAAGAUCAUAGGCUGAAACUUAAAACAUGUGCCAAACUUGACCUUUUCGAGAUCCUGGGAGGCAGAGGACUCUGUAAUGGAGAAAAAGGUGUGCAACAAGAACUAAAGAGAAACAUUGAAGAACAAGCAUCAUCAACUGCUGGUAGAGAAGAAAAUUCAGGUAGCUUGGAAAAAUCAAGUGUGCCGGAUGAUGCUUUUGAAAAAGAGCUGAUGGGAUUAACAGGGGGUUUUCCUGGUGGAGAAAAGGGAUUGAAAAGAUUCAUUGAGGAAAACCAACCUCCAAAGAAACAAUCAGUUCCGAAGCUUACAAUCACAAGCAGGCCAAAACCACCAGAACUGCCACUGCUGUUGCCUGGUAUGAUUGCCAUUGUGAAGAACCCGAAUAACCCAUUUUACAUGUACACUGGCAUUGUUCAACGAAUCACUGAUGGAAAGGCUGGAGUUAUCUUUGAAGGAGGAAACUGGGAUAAGCUAGUUACUUUCCGCCUGGAAGAGCUGGAACGUAGGGAGAAGGGCCCUCCAGGAAAAAAUCCCAGGUCCGCAAUAAUUGAAGCAUUCUAUGAAGCUGAGUCACAAUCAUCUUCCUAGUUACAUUUUCCUGUUGCAAAUAGUGUUUGCUCAAAUCCUUUGAAUAUGUAUCGAUUCCAGUUUAGACAGAGCAAUAAACUCCAUUUUGUAACAA